AUGCCAAAGGAAGGUCUUCGAUAUGCUGCGAAGGUCGACCUAACCAAGGAUGCUGGGAAAGAGCCGUUCCUACAUAAUCGAUGGCACCCAGACAUCCCCUUUUGCGGCACGAUCAAGAACAACGAGACGGUCAAGAUUGAAUGCGUAGACUGGACCGGAGGACAGAUCGGCAACAACGACAGUGCAGACGACGUUCGUGAUGUCGACCUCACUCGUGUGCACUAUUUGACAGGCCCGUUCGAGAUCGAGACGGCAGAACCUGGCGAUGUCUUGGUCGUCGACAUUCAGGAUGUCCAGCCUCUUCAGGACUCGCCAUGGGGCUUUACUGGCGUCUUCGCGAAGGAGAAUGGUGGUGGCUUCUUGGAUGAGAUUUAUCCUAAGCCAGCAAAAGCAAUCUGGGACUUCGAAGGCAUCAACUGCUCCUCCCGCCAUAUCCCAGGCGUCCGCUUCGCCGGUCUGAUUCACCCUGGUAUCCUCGGCUGCGCACCCUCUCCCGAAGUACUCAAGACGUGGAACGAUCGUGAAGGCCAGCUUAUCAAAGAGUGCAGCCACAUGGGCCGCGACGUUGCCCUCCCGCCAAACCCACAAAGCGUCCACGUCGGUAGCGGUGGAGACGAUAUCAAGGAGAAGGUCGGCAAGGAGGGUGCUCGAACCAUCCCAGGUCGACCUGAGCACGGUGGCAACUGCGAUAUCAAGAAUCUGUCUCGAGGCUCGAAAGUCUACCUACCCGUACACGUCAAGGGUGCGAAGUUCUCAGUCGGUGAUCUGCACUUCUCCCAGGGCGACGGCGAGAUCUCUUUCUGCGGUGCUAUAGAGAUGGCAGGAUGCAUUACCAUCAAGUUCAGUGUCAUGAAAGAUGGAAUGAAGCAUCUUGCCAUGAAGUCGCCAAUCUAUAUUCCUGGACCGGUCGAGCCGCAGUUUGGACCUGGGCGGUACAUCUACUUCGAGGGAUUCAGUGUGGAUGAGCACGGCAAGCAGCAUUACCUCGAUACUACUGUGGCGUACAGACAGACGAGUCUGCGGGUCAUUGAGUACCUGAGGAGAUAUGGGUACGAUGACUACCAGAUAUACCUUCUCUUGUCGUGCGCUCCGGUCCAAGGGCAUGUGGCGGGCAUUGUGGACAUUCCCAAUUCCUGCACGACGAUGGGUCUGCCAAUCGAUAUCUUCGACUUUGAUAUUAGGCCAGAGGCACCGACGGGAAAGCGAGACCUAGGUAGCUGUGCGUUUGCCAGUUCGUAG